AUGGAUGAAUCACACUGCAGUCCAGUAGAGGCGCUAAUGAACCUGAAUGUUGUAGAUCAAACAUCUCAAUCCAAACAGGAAGAAGAAGAAGCUUCAGCAGCUGAUGUUGAAGAAUUCCAACAGAAAAUAAUAAUAAAGGAGGAGGAUGAAGAUGAUGAUGAUGAUUUCUUCUAUGAAGGAUCCAUAAUCCCGGUGGAACUCGUCACCUCUGAUGAAGAUCUCCCCCUAGUGGACCAACAGCCUGUGAAGAAUGAGGAACUCAAACUGAACAAGGAUUUCUCCUGCUCCUCGUGUCCACGUUCCUCUACAACCCAAAAUCACCUCCACAAUCACAUCAAGAGCUGCAACCAUGAUAAAUAUGAUGAUGCGCUGGUGAAGAUUAAGACUGAACAUGAGGAUCUGACACCCACCAGAAGCUCCAGUAAUCAGCAAACGUCCUCUGGUACUGUCAGCAUUAACACCUCUCUCGGAAACGUCUGCUCAGACUGUGGGAAGAGCUUCAGUUCCCGGAGGACUCUUAAAAUACACCGGCGCAUUCAUACAGGAGAGAAACCGUAUCAGUGCUCUCAGUGUGGGAAGAGAUUUACUCGGCAGAGUGUUCUUAAAGAACAUGAGCGCAUUCACACUGGCGAGAAACCCUAUCAGUGCUUAGAGUGCGGGAAGAGCUUUAAUCAACAGAGUAAACUUAAAACACACCAGCGCAUUCACACUGGAGAGCGACCGUAUCAGUGCUCAGAGUGUGGGAAGAGUUUUAAUAGACACAGCGACCUCAAAAGACACCAGCACAUUCACACUGGAGAGAAACCGUACCAGUGCUUACGGUGCGGGAAGAGCUUUAAAGAACAGUGUAAACUCAAAAUCCACCAGCGCAUUCACACCGGAGAGAAACCCUAUUACUGCUCUCAGUGUGGGAAGAGUUUUAACGGACAGAGCGACCUUAAAAACCACCAGCGCAUUCACACAGGAGAGAAACCGUACGAGUGCUUGCAGUGUGGAAAGUGUUUUAAUUUACACAGUAGUCUUAAAACACACCAGCGCACUCACACUGGAGAGAAACCGUAUCAGUGCUCGGAGUGCGGGAAGAGUUUUAAUCAACAGACACUUCAUACUAUACACCAGCGCAUUCACACCGGAGAGAAACCGUAUCAGUGCUCACAGUGUGGGAGGAGUUUUAAUACACAAAGUAAUUUUAAAGAACACCAGCGCAUUCACACUGGAGAGAAACCGUAUCAGUGCUCACAGUGUGCAAAAAGUUUUAGUCAACAGUGUCAUCUCAAGAUUCACCAGCGCAUUCACACUGGGGAGAAACCGUAUCAGUGCUCACAGUGUAGAAAGAGUUUUAUUACACACAGCGACCUCAAAAGACACCAGCACAUUCACACUGGAGAGAAACCGUAUCAGUGUGCGCGGUGUGGGAAGAGUUUUAACGAACGGAACAAACUUAAAAUCCACCAGCGCAUUCACACUGGAGAAAAACCGUAUUACUGCUCGCAGUGUGGGAAGAGUUUUAACGGACAAAGCGACCUCAAAACCCACCAGCGCAUUCACACCGGAGAGAGACCGUAUCAGUGCUCUCAGUGUGGGAAGCGUUUUAAUGUGCACAGUAGCCUUAAAACCCACCAGCGCACUCACACUGGAGAGAAACCCUUUUACUGCUCGCAGUGUGGGAAGAGUUUUAAUCAACAGAGCAAUCUUAAAAAACACCAGCGCAUUCACACUGGAGAGAAGCCCUUCGAGUGCUCACAGUGUGGAAAGAGUUUUAAUAAACAGAGUCAUCUCACAACCCACCAGCGCAUUCACGCCGGAGAGAAACCGUAUCAGUGCUCACAGUGCGGGAAGAGUUUUAAUACACAGAGUAACCUCACAAUACACCAGCGCGUUCACACUGGAGAGAAACCGUUUUACUGCACGCGCUGUGGGAACCGCUUUGCUCAUUCAUCAACGUUUAAGAGACACAAGUGUGACACAUCAGAUCGUACCGAAUAAACUCAGGGUGACUUCUGUGUACAAGCAGGUCAGCCGGGGUUCUUAUUAGCAUAGCAGACGUUAUAAUGAUUAGCAUGUUCUCCAAUCAGGUUCAACUGACCACUAUAAAUCCUCUCAUAUUGUUAUUGUGUUUUUUGUUUAUACUGAAUUAAUGUGACUGUAAUGGUAAUAAAUCAGUGAUAUUUAUUAUUUAUAAGUAUUAUUUGAUGUCUUUGUAAUGUAUAAAUAUUCAUGAUUUGAUGUUAGCAUCAUCUCU